AUGAGCUCUGAAGACCUGUUGAAACAGCUGCAAGCUCAGUUCGCCGCACAAGGGCAGCACUUGGACAGGGAAGACGUCCUGAACCUGGCUCGACAGCUGCAUGUGGACACGCAGAGCGACUGGUGCGAGGCAGCUGGCCAGUCUGAGCCCUUAACGACACGGCUCAAGAAUCUAUUGAAGGAUUAUCCAGCUGAUGUAGGCCUUUUCAAGGAGAUGGUGCAGAAUGCAGAUGAUGCCGGCGCCACGCGGGUCCAUUUUGUUUGGGAUGCGCGACCGCAGCGGAAGGAGAGCCUCCUUUCCCCAGAGAUGAAAGCCUGGCAGACAAACUGUCUUUGGGCAUACAACGAUGCGCUCUUCACGGAGCAGGACUUCGAAGCGAUCUGCCGGCUCGGUGUCGGCGGCAAAAGGGAGAGGUCAGAGCGGAUCGGCCGGUUCGGCCUUGGCUUCAAUUCGGUGUAUAAUCUCACCGAUGUGCCCAGCAUUCUGAGCGAUUCCCUGGUCCUGUUUCUGGAUCCGCACGUCUCUCAUCUCUCCAAGAUGGGGGCCUCGAGCCAGAAACCUGGCAUCAAGCUGCGCUUCUUGAAAGUCCCUGUCUUGGAGCGUUUCCGGGACCAGUUCGAGCCCUACCACAAGCUCUUGGAUUGUGAUUUGGAGCCUUAUCUUGAGUCGGGCGAGCCAUUUCGGGGCACGUUGAUACGAAUUCCCUUCCGGACAAAGGAGUCUGCAGCGAAAAGCGAGAUUAGCAAGAUUAUUGUAAAUGAUGAAAUGGUGGCGGCAUUGUCGCACCAAUUUCAAGCUGAGGCAUACCAAUGGCUCUUGUUUUUGCAAAACGUGCAGGAAGUUUCCAUGUCGCGCCUGCAGAUCCAAGACGGAGAGCCUCUGCUCCAGAAUAUUUUUUCAGUCUCUUUGGCCAGCCGUGCAGAGAAGUUGACGAAGAGACCCAGUUUGGUCACAUGUGGAAGCUCUGGUCGCAGCACUGCUGUCUCCACGCAACUAGAGGUUGUGUGCAAAGGGCCUGACGGCCAGACGCAGCUGCGGCGAUAUCAGCUGUUUACAGAUGCCCAGCAUGGGUUCAAGACGCGCGUGUGCCUGGCAGUUCCGCUCUUCCGGGAGCAAGACGGUUGUGAUGGUUGGUAUCAUGAUGAAGAUGGGCGGGUGUUUUGCUUCCUCCCUCUUCCACGUAACAUCGACCUUGGGCUGAGACUGCACGUCCACGCGCCAUUGAAUAUGGCACAGGACAGACGAAGCAUGCUUCUCGAUAAUCGCAUCGGCGAGUCGGAGCAAGAGUUAGUGCGGCACAACCUACUGCUGCUGGACGAUCUCAUUCCGUCUGCGCUCGUCUCUUGCCUCAUGGACUUGGCGGUGAAACGAAACCAGAUGCCUCCCUGCCACUUCUUCGCUUUGUUCCCGAGGCUUUUCAACUGUAAAGGGAACGUGUCGCCUUCAGACCGCAUCGCGAGAACAUUCUACGCCCGUCUGCUGGGUCUUGUCAGGGGCGAGUCGUGCCCUUUACCUGUUGCUGCAACAAUAAAUGCUCGGGGCCAAAGUCGCACUGAAGCACCUCCAGGCUAUUGGGUAAAGGUAGCCGACGCCGUGUUUGUCCCGACAGCCGGUACUCCUGGUGUGGAACAGAUUUCGCAGAGUCUGCUCGACAACGUUGUGGAGUGCUUGCUUCGUUGCGGUGUCCCUCUUGUCGAUGCCCCCCAGCCCGUGCUCGAGUCGAUCGAACGGGUCCUGGAGCCACGCCAGCCUGUUAUCUUGACACCUGCAUGGCUCCGGCAGUAUUUGCGGUCAGCCGCAGGCGGCAAACGCACUCACACGCUCAAGAAGCAGCAAGCUUCGACAGUGUUUUCGGAGCUGACUCCGGAGGACGUUGCAAGCUUCCUGGAGUUCUGCACUGGUGACGGCAACACCGCUGACUUGCAGGGUGUGCCCUUGGUUUUGUGCGAUGACGAAUUGACUGUGCAUGUGUUUUCCAGCGACGCACAAGCAGUGUUUUUCCCACAAAGUCAACUGGAGCGUCGCCUAUUUCCAAACAGAGACGGGCGCAAGCUACUUCUGUCCGCGAGAUUGGAAUCGAGGCCUGUUGUUUGGGCGAAGUUGAAGGAGAUGGCGAAGGCAUUUGAAACGGGUGGCAGAGCCGAUGCGCGGCCUGAUGGGAGGCAAUGCCCAUGCUUCCAGUGCAGGACGGUAACUUUUGAGCUCCUCAUAGAGGCUCUGCAGUCACUUUUACCACGAACGUGGAACGAUCCAGUGCCGCAGGUUUCAGCAUCGGACUAUUCGGAGUGGAUUGAGGACUGGCUUCAAGCAAUGUGGAAGUGGAUGGAUGCGAAAGAUGUUUCUCUUUCACGACUUGUUCACUGGCCUCUAAUUCCAAGUCUAUGCGGUGGGUCCAAAGUUGACUUGUUCCGUAUACCUGAGGCCCACAAGAAGGUGCUGUUUUCGGACAGCAGACCUCGGAAACCGCCCCCUCCGCCACCGCCACCACCCCCACCUCCCCAGUCAUCUACACAACCAGCCCAGCCCGCCGAGCCUUCCCAGCCGCCUCCAGAGACGGAGACGGAGCCUGCACCGGACACGCAGAGAGCUGAUAAGCCAAAGGACUCAGUGCCGUCGACAUCUGCGUUGAUACAAGAGCUCCUGGUGGCACUGAACUGCCGUCCCGUGUCGGAGCCGACGUGGUUGCUUGAUCAUCACCAGAAGCAGAUUCGAACUUGUGUUCACGCAUCCACUUUCGAGGGCUUCCUCCGGGCCAUGCACUUCGCAUCCAGGCUUCUGCCUGGGAAAGAGAAGCUGAAGCCGGCAGCUGCACUUCACGCAGCCCUUUGCAGCAAGCUCACCAAGCACCAUGCCAAAGCUUUGCUGGUCAUGGCAGCAUCUGUCCAGCGAGAGGGCUGUGUGGAGGAGUCAGUAGCCUCGGCCCCAAAUUGGAAGGCGAAAUCCGAGGCUUUCUCUGGGCUUCCCCUCUUCUGCAAGUUUAACCAACCCUCUGAGAGGAUGUGUCUCAGCAGCCACGCCUUGGUCCUCGUCCCGGAGACAUGUCCACAGGUGGUGUCCGCCUUGCGGGCGGCCGAAAUCACGGAGUUGGCCUGUGCUGAGAUUCCGGAGGAGGUGCUGACAGCGCUGACGCCGGCGGAGUCGGCGGCUGUCACCACACUUCUGCGGGAGCUAAGCCUGCCGAGACUGAAGUGGGCAGACUUGCUUCAGGACCAGGUGUUCCCUUGGGCAGCAAACGCUCGCAACACUGACGUCAUGGUGCGCCAAGGUCUGAUGAGGGCCUUGGUCUAUCAUUGGCGGGAUAUGGAACUGAUGGGAAAUACCACUUGCCUGGCGGCAUUGCAACGAAUUCCCUUCAUUAGCACAGUUGGAGGCAGCAUCAUGUCGGCGGUUGAUAUGCUGGAUCCAACCGUGGAGAAGCUUCGCGCGCUGUAUGGGCCCGGUGAUGUGCCAGGGCCCUUUCCAGAUAGUCGCUGGCUGUCAGCAGAGUGCCGAGCAGUGCUUCACUAUAGGACCGAGCUGAGUUACCAGGAGAUAAGUGAGCGGCUUGGCUUCCUACACCAAAUUGAAACAGAGCGUCGCAGAGCGCUGGAAGCUUCCGGGUCCAAUGCUGCGCUCCAGGCUUCGUUGGAGGUACGGGCAGUUGCCAUGGCUUUAGUUAGAUACGUCUGCGACGAUGUCUGCGCUGCGAUGAGGGAUGGGGAGGUCGAUGUGGGGAAGCAAAAGGAGGAGCGGCCCCGUCAAUCGGAAGGCGGCUUCUGGCAAGCUCUGGACUUUGUGGGAAUGCUCAGCGGACCUGCAGAAGCCGCGAAGCCUGCGAAGAAAGCUGCCAAGCUCUCACCGGAUGAGCUAAUGUCGAUCCAGUCGAAGCUCAAACGAUGCUACUGGCUCGCACCACUUCCUCGCCCAGAUGGGUGGCCCUUGGACGCUCCUUGGAGAGGUUCAGAAUGUGGCCUCUGCUCAGCGGAAGAGGUGCGUUUGGCUUCAGAGGAGUUCUUGGUUGGCAUGGCGGGGAAGUGCAGUGCGAAGUGUAGCGGGGAGGAGUGCCUUGGAAUGAUGGAGAAGCCGGGUGAAGGAUUGAUCAAGGAGCAGCUCGCAAAGAUGCAGGCCUGGGCAUCGAUGCUGCCAGAUGAAAAGCGAGAGGUGAGCUCGCCGUGGAUCACUCGAUGCCUCUAUGAUCACCUGUAUCCCACCUUCUUGAAUGCUACGCAUGUUGAGGAGAUUGCCAGCGACAGCAACCAGCAGCUGUGGGUUGCCAUCCCAGUCAGAGUGCAGGUGCCACAAGGAGGUUUCUUGCCCAUGGCGCGAAUCGCUCGACAGCAUAUCGAAUUUCCGCCUUAUUUGGUCAAGGCACCUCCUGAAUGGAGGGAGAAGAUUCCAGUUCUGUGGUCCAAAGUGAAGGACAGCUUCGGCGUCCGAGAUUGCAGCGAGGCCUUGUGCAGGAUGGCUGAGAUCGCAAAGCAGUCCGGAAAGGAGUCUCUGGACUCUGAACCCCUUGACAGUGCUGUUCGCCUCAUACUCGCCAUCUCGGACAUGCUGCAGCAGGAGCGUGCAGAGAGCGCUGGCGCUGCGGCCGGCAGCAAGCUCGACAUCCUGAUGCCCACGACGGAGUCGACGCUGCGUUCUGCUCGGGACUGCGUCUUCAACAACAUGACUUGGCUGCCGGAUGUGGAGACGGCCGAUCUGAACCUCGGAAGCUACGGUCUCGUGCACCAAAAGAUCUCCCAUGCAGUGGCUCACACCUGCGGGUGCAGAGGCCUUUCCUUGGUCUAUGCUCGUGAGGCGACAGAGAUGCACGGAGCUGACUGGUGCGAAGCUGCAGGUCAGAGUGAGCCCAUAACCACGCGCCUGAAGAACUUGCUCAAGGACUACCCUGCGGACGUCAGCAUGUUCAAAGAGAUGGUGCAAAAUGCCGACGAUGCCGGCGCCACUGAGGUGCACUUCGUUUGGGACUGGCGACAACAUCGGAGGCAGUCUCUGCUCACCCCGGACAUGGAUCGCUGGCAAGGUCCUGCCUUGUGGAUCUUCAAUGAUGCGCAGUUCUCCAGCAAAGACUUCGAGAGCAUCUGCCGUCUUGGAGUCGGUGGGAAGCGUGACCAGAACAGGAAGAUUGGCCGGUUUGGACUUGGCUUCAACUCAGUAUACAACUUCACUGACUUGCCCAGCAUCCUCAGUGAUGACAUGGUACUAUUCCUGGACCCUCAUGUGCAUCAUCUGUCUGCCAUGGGAGCCUCCGUGCAGAAACCCGGUAUAAAGCUGCGCUUUCUGAAGAUCAAGGUCUUGGAAAAAUUCCGCGAUCAGUGGUUCCUGCCGUACCACCAGCUCCUGGGAUGCGACCUCUCCUCCUCUCGGCCCUUCCCGGGCACGCUGAUGCGCGUACCUUUCCGAACCGCAGAGGUGGCAAAGGCAAGCGAGGUGAAGGUGAGCAACAUCCAGAUGGACAAAGCUCUUGCAGCUGAGCUCACAUCGCAGUUUCGGGCAGAAGCUUUUCAAUGGCUACUUUUCUUGCAGAAUGUUGCCAGGAUCCGGCUGUCGGAAAUUCACGAGAACAUGGGGUCAGAGGAUGUUUUAACAACGACGAUCUGUGAGGUGAAGAUGGCAGUACCGGCCCCUUUGGCUUCCGAGACCGCGGAGGCGGAGGCCGACACACCAGCCGCCAAGCGCAUCUCCGCCAUCGGCUCCGAUUGUGUCAUUGCGGAUAUCACCAUCGACGCGACGGAGCUUCCUGGCAGCCAAAAUGGGAGCGACACCGCGGGCUAUCCCAAAGAGGCGGCAGACGUUCCCCUGCUGAAGCUCUCAAAGGAGGAGGGUCGACUCUUCUGCUUCCUUCCGCUUCCGAAGAGUGCCCUCUCGCUGCGCCUGGCGGCUCACGUGCACGCGCCCCUGAACACCACACAGGAUCGUCGAAAUGUACUCAUGGAUGAGCGGGUCGGCGAAAGAGAGCUGAUCACCAAGUUCGUCUACUUGAUGUUCGCAUCCCUGAGCGCGUGCAUUGCUCGCUGCAUACUGAACCUUUCGACGCGGGACUACUUCAGCGUCUUUCCGGUCUUGCAUCCGAGUGGACGUGGUGGAGAUGGCCGCAAACAAGAGGUGCCGGAAAGCACCGUUGCAGAUCGAGUCGCCCAGUCCUUUUACAAGCUGCUGAUUCGACGCGCCGAGCCUUUCUUUCCGACCGUGGCCCCGUCGGAAGGAAUGACCUGGAGCACCUGCGUCUCCUUCAGUGAGGCGGUCUUCUGCUCCCCUCGCGAGGCAAAGCUAUCCAGUGGCGGUCCCGCAGACCAGGGAGCUGCGCUUCUGACGGCCGUGUGCCAAUGUCUUGCGCGUUUUGGCGUUCAUGUGGUGAAGAUCCCGCUCCGAGUGCUCGAAUCCUUUGAACAAGUACUGCACCCCGCGCAGCCGCGCGUGUUGACUCCGGCGUGGUUACGCCAGUUCCUUCGAGCAGUUGGCGCCAGCAAUUCCAGCAGGGGCCUCGGCGCCGAUCACGGGAAGCCUUCCAUUGCGAAAGCCCUGUACGCCACGCUCCCCGCCUCUGAGAUGCGCAAGAAUGCAGAGGUCUCCAUCUCGUCUUUGACAACGGAGGAGGCCAUUGCUUUGUUGGACUAUGCCAUAGCAGACGGGGACUUCGCAGACCUCGAGGGAGUACCGUUGCUGAUUUCAGAGGAUGCAGCAGUGGGAACAGUGAGCUUCACUUCCACGUCGAGUGCUGCCGGGAUUUUCGUGCCCGAGGACGAUGAUGAGUAUCAGCUCCUUCCCCAGGCUGGAUGCCUCUGCCUCACCCUGCAGCUCUUGCAUCACUCCUUCAUCUUUUCCCUUCCCCGCUUCUCGGCGCGCUCCCAGCCGAUCUUGUGGAGGUGUGGCAGCACCUUCGGCAGAUGGCUUCCGGCGAUGCACCACAAGGGCAGAAGCCAUCAGGCCCAAGCGGAAGUUUCCAGCCCCAGCCUCAGGCUGAAGCGGAUGAGCGUCGAGCCGCUGAUGGCCGCGUUGCAGGAACUGCUGCCCAAGGGCUGGAAUGUGAAGUCUCCGGAGGUGCCCAAGUCCGAGUGGGAAGGCUGGGUGGAGACAUGGUUGCGGACGCUGAUGCUCGGCGGCACUGCAGACAGAGGUUCCAGCCAAGAACCUGCUCCAUUGGCCGCUGGUGCCAAGUUUGCGACCACUUCCGACCCCGAACCGGUCUCAGACACGCAGCCAGAGUACAAGGUUCGAUUGCACAGGCUGCUCCCGGACAGUACCCUCUUCAGCGCAUCGGAAGAGCAAGCCUCCAGAAGGCAGGACUCACAACAGAUGGACAGGCCAGCCAGUGGAAUCUUGAGCGGAGAGCAUGUCUGGUUGCCCAAGUGGCUGAAGGGAGAUCGAGAACGCCAGCUGAGCGGCAGCUCAUUCCAGACUGCGAUUACUGGUCAGGGAGAAGCAUGCCGGGCAGGAGGAGCAGGCAGCUUUGGCUGCUUGGCUUGUGCGAGCCAGCGUCGAAAGCUGCGUCGGGUGCUUGACGUGCUGUUUCCUGGCCCCACAUCUGCGCUUUCUGGACUCAACAUCUUGGACAAGGACUGCCCCCGCAGCGCAGAGAGCACCGAUGACCAGACUGGCGCCGUCGUGACGAACCAAGUUCGCCCAUGUGGCAACCUUGGGUCCGUCAAAAAGCUCCUGCAGUGCAAGGCCACGACAGCAAAAGCAAAAGGAACAGAGGGAUG